CCUGAAGUGCUGGAGAAACCCUCAAGCCCUCAACAAGUGACUGGGCGAAGUCGGAGAAGAAUGGCACUUUCCGUACAACGGCAAACUUUUAGUUGAAACGUAAAACAACUCGUACACAUGUGUCCAGAGUAAAACGCCGCAAACAACCUCAUCCAGGGAGAAGGAUUUGUGGCCUUUUUUUUUUUUGCAGUUUUGUUUUUGAUAAUCCUCAAUGGAGUCGUACAGAGUGGGUGGUGUACCAGCCAGUGACCUGCAGCAGGGCUAUAUGCAGCACGAGCGUAUGCUCGGAGCCCAGAGGAAUGGGAAUGGCAGGUAUGGAGUAAGCAUUCGUGUUCAGGGGAUCGACGGGCACCCCUACGUCGUGCUGAACAACCGAGACAGGGGGUCUCAGUAUGGGGGUCCCGAGGACGAUGAGUACGUGGACAGAGACACGGAUUGCUCCUUCAUCGACAACUACGACGAGUACGACUUCCAAGGGGGCGUCGAGCCACGCAUAGGGAGUCCGUUUAUGGAGUACCGGUCACAGAAACAGAUGCAGUUUGGGAGCACCCACAAUGGCGUGACCGAGUUCAAGGAGUCCCAGCAGUCUUCCUCCACACUGCUCAACUUCCAGAAGCACCCAGAGCUCCUCAAGCCCUACGACCCUGAAAGCAACACCCUGAACUUAGACGAGUAUCACGGCCUUCUUCCCCGCCCAAACUCCUUUGCAGAGACUGGAACUCCAUACCAGGGUUCUCUUCCCAGGGCCCAACUGAUCUCCCAUGCUAGGUCCUCCAGCUUGGACAAGCCUAGUGCCCCAGAGCCACCGGCACGCCUGGAAAGAGUUCCACAGGUGUCCCCUCCCAGGCCCCAGGGCCAACCUCAGGUUAAAUCUCACCCCCAAGCACAGUCACAGACCCCGUCCCAGCCUCAGAGUCCACCUGUGGCCAACACCCCCGGUGAUCCGUCCACCUGCCGAUCUCCUAGUACGCUCAGCAGCAGCACCAACUCCAGCCUGGAGCGCAGUCGGCGUGAGCCAGAUGUGCUGCCCCUACGCCGGCACGACUCCAGCGGCCCCGUGCUGCAAACCUCUGCAUCCUCUUCAACCAACAGGCCCCUCCCCGAUGAGCAGCAGCAGGAGACACUCUAUGCCGAUACCAUCAACCGGCACCAGAACCGCCGCUACAUCCCGUUCAAGCCUGGCACAGGACGUGACAUCGAUACAGGAUCCAUCCCUGGCGUGGAUGAACUUAUUCACAAAUUCGAUGGCAAAGAUUGUCCUCAGCGCAGGGGUCGAGCGGGGCGCAGGAACCGAAUUGACCCGGAGGACCGCAAACGCUCCCGUAGUGUAGACAGCGCUUUCCCUUUCGGUUUGACAGGGGACACAGACAACCUGGGCCAGAACCAGAGCAGAACCAUAGAACACGUGCUGCUCCCAUCCCAGCUCCGGCAACAGAAAGGGGGUCAGUUCCAAGACCCCUUCCAGAAAGAGAACCUGUCCAACCCAGCCUCUCCUGCCGGGGGCAAACUGAACAGCAGGGGCCCGUUGCAGUACAGCAGCGCUCCAGGUUCACCACAAGGCACAGCCAUCAAAGGAACAACCUCAGUGUUGGGCUACAGGAGAACACUGAGCAGGUCCUCCACAUUGCCUUCUGAGGGGAAGGGAGAGGAUCAGGAGAAAUCUGCCCGAUCGGUCAAAGUUUUGACCAGCAUGACAACAGCGUCUCUGUCAAGGUCUUCUGGCAGCUCUGGCAAAAAGCUCAGUUCAGAAAGGGAUGCUCAGGCGACUCCUGAUAUUUUGAAAGGCCAGGAAGAGCUUUCACAACAAACAAACGAAGAGACAGCAAAACAGAUAUUAUUCAAUUACCUCAAGGAUGGGAGCGCUGAUAACGACGACACCACAAAGAAGAAGGUCAACCUGGUCUUUGAGAAAAUCCAGACGUUGAAGUCCAGGGCAGCAGGGAGCUUGCCGGGAGACAGUAAACCCCCUGAUCCGGCUGCAGAGGUGACGGCGCUGCAGGAACAGCGGGAUGAACUGGAGAAAAAUGUUGCGGAGCUGAAAAACCAGCUGGAGGGGGAAAGUAAGAAGCAGCGGAGCCUGGCGGAGGCUAGCAAGAAGGCGGGAGCAGACCUGCAGGUCGUACAGGGCGAGCUGGAGAAGAGUCGGGAGGAGUGCGCCCGACUCCGGGAGAAGCUCUCCACCACAGAGGCUGAGCUUCACGCCAGUCUGGAGGAGCUGUUCCAGGUGAAAAUGGAAAGGGAGCAGUUCCAGACGGAGAUCAGGGACUUACAGGACCAGCUGUCGGAGAUGCACGACGAGCUGGACGGAGCCAAGAGAGCCGAGACUGACAGCGGAGACAAAGAGGCCUUGCUGGAGGACAUGAUGCAGCUAAAACUGGACUUCCAGGAGGUGCUGCUAGAGAAGGAGGAGCAGGAGGAGGUGUUGAGGAGACGGGAGCGCGAGCUGACUGCCCUCAAGGGGGCCUUGAAGGAGGAAGUGGCCACUCAUGACCUGGAAGUAGAUAAACUGAGGGAACAGUACGAGCAGGAAAUCUGCGAGCUGCAGACAUCAGUAGAGGAGGCCAAGCAGAGCAAUGCCGUGGUAUGUCGGGAGAAAGAGGAGUCUGAGAUGGUGCGGGGUGUGGCGGAGGACCGGGCGGGGCGGUUGACCCAGGAGGGCGAGCGGCUGCGCAGGCGGGUCCAGGAGCUGGAGAACGAGGUGGCCAAACUCAACCGCAUCAUCGACGAGGCCAAGCUGCAGGAGAGCCGCCUGACUGAGAGACUGGGCCGGCUGGAGAAAGAGAAGGGGGAGCUGGAGGAGGCACUUGCAGAGGUGAAGGAGCAGGAAGAUGAGUUGUUACGUGCUAACAGAGCUUUAACUACGCGCUUGGAGGAUGUGCAGAGAAACUUGACCAAACUGAACCAUGACCACAAGGACCUGAACGAGAGGCUGAGGGAGGAGAAGAGUCAGAAAGAGCAGUUCAAGAAAACGAAGAACGAGAUCGAGGAGGAGCGGAGACUUCUUGACCGCACUGUGGAGAAGCUGCAGAAGGAGAUGGGCGACAUUGUGGAGGCCUCUCAGUCAUCCACCCAUGAGCUGCAGCUGCAGAUAGAUGAGUACAAGGAGAAGAACCGCAGGGAGCUCACCGAGCUACAGAGGCAGCUCCGAGAUAAAGGGGUGGAGCUGGAAAAAUCCCGGCUGACAGCCAAGAAACUGCAGGAAGAGCUUUCCCACCUGGAGGAUGACCUGCGGCACUGCAAGAGGGAACGAGACGAGGUGUUGGAGAGGGGGAAGGGUCUGGAGCAGAGGGUGCGAGACCUGGAAGCCGAGGCGGACGUCAAAUCCCACGGCAAGGACGACCGGUCACGACAGAUCAAGCUCAUGGAGGACAGGAUAAAGCAGCUGGAGCAGGACUUGGAAGAGGAGAGGACCAAUGGGGACCUACUGAUGGACAGAAUUGACCGGGGUCGGGAGCAGUUGGAGCAAAUGAGGAAUGAACUCCUGCAAGAGAGGGCUGUCAGACAGGACCUGGAGUGUGACAAGAUCGCAAUGGAGAGACAGAAUAAAGACCUGAAAAGCAGAGUGUCCCACCUGGAGGUUUCCCAAAAGUCCAACAAGGAGGGCCUGGUGUCCCAGCUGGAGAGCAGGGUUCAGGAGCUAGAGGAGAGGCUGGAGGGAGAGGAGAGGGAACGUGCCAACCUGCAGCUGAUGAACCGCAAGCUGGAGAGGAAGGUGAAGGAGGUGAUGAUGCAGGUGGACGAUGAGCACCACUCACUGCAGGACCAGAAGGACCAGCUGAACCUGCGCCUGAAGGCCUUGAAGCGGCAGAUGGACGAGGCGGAGGAGGAGAUCGACCGGCUGGAGCACGGGAAGAAGAAGCUCCAGAGGGACCUGGACGAGCAGCUGGAGGUGAACGAUCAGCUCCAGGGGCAGCUCAAGGCCCUGCGCAGUGAGAUGAGGCGCAAGAACGCUCCUGUCCCACUCCUGAAUAGUCUGGAUGAUGACGAUGAUGAUGACAUCAGCACCGAUGGGGAGAUAUACUACAGUUCUACUUCUGGGUACAGAAGGUCCAGCCAGGACCCCAUUGCAUGAACACGUUGUGGUGACGGACACUGCAUGUAGCUGGACUCCGGUUCAGGCCCGGUCCAGAUGAUGGGGAGAAGGGACCAACUGGAACGAUGGCCUCACCUACGAAGUCCAUCAGGUCCUGUGCAGGCAUGGGUGUGACCUCUGCACAUUAUGACACUAAACAGGGUCUAAUGCCUGCUUACUGUGUGCUGAGAGGCUUGAAUUUAAUUUCCAUUUCAGCAUAAUAAACUAUUAUUUUAUUAUUAUUAUUAUUAUUAUUAAGCUUCACGUUAAGUAUAACUUCCUAGGUUAAGUUCAAUAAAUGGCUUUUUUUAAAUGUUGUACAUAACAAUAAUCACAGCCACUUUUUAUUUGUAUCCAUGCGUUGCUCUAUGAACUGGAAAACAAACGGAGGCUUUGUUGAUUCAGAAUAUUUAUUUGCUGUUGAACACAUGAAGGAACUCGAAAAUGAAGGUGCAUGUUUUUAAGGGAAAUUGACAUGAGGGAUUAAUCAUAUUACACAAGUCAUUUUAAUUCAUUGAAAUGUAUUUAUAAAAAUGAAGUCAUUUUUGCAACUUUCAACAACUUUCGACAAAAAAAAAAAAAAACGACAAAAAAAAUAAAUUCUACUGAAAUGGCUAACCUGCAAAUAGUGGAAAAAAAGUAAUCAAUUUCCUUUAUGUCAAAACUUUUUAGAAACUAUAUUUAUAAAAAAAUACAAAUAAUAAAAACUAGGCUAAGUUUCAGUCAGCAGAGCCAAAUUGAUACACGAUAUUAGAGUCUACAUAGAACGCAAUUGAAAAGCAUGUAAGCUUGCUGAUUACUUUUAAUAAUGUUUUUUAUAUAGCAGUUGUAUUCAGGUUUAUAAAUCAGGUCUAACACAAACUGGACGAUGAUUUAUGAUUUAUGAUUUAUGUGACUGACCCUCAUUUAUUAAACAAAAAAAGUAUAUAUUUAUAUUGAAUGACAACUUUAUAUCACUCAGUUGGAAAGUGUUUUAAUUUUCUUCAGUGUUUUUCCUUUGACUGAAGAGUCCUUGAACUUUCUAUGACCAGCUUUUUUUGUGCUACAGAAACAUGACUUGUUCACAAUGAGUAAACAGUGUAAUUAACUUCACAGCUAAGUCAGAGCUCCUCAAUAUUAUGUUCCAAACAUUCCUUUGAAAUUUAAUUAGCCCUUAUACCAACCUUACCUUUCAAAGUAUAAAAUGGUAUAAAAAGUAUAUAAGUGGUGAAACUUUCAGUUUUCUUCUAAGGUGAGUUUGGUGACAAGAAACACAGUAUUAACAUUUGGUCAAGUCCACCUGUUUCCAUAAAGAAUACUGUCUUGUGUGUGUCUCUGUGUGUGUGCAUGUGCAUGUAUGUGUGUUUGUGUGUGUAUGCAUUUGUGUGCAUACGUGCAAACAUUGUAUGUGUAUUGGGGUGACUCUUGUGCAAGUUUUGUAAUGAGGGAGUUUCUAUAGAAGUGCUAUAUUGACAAUCACUGACCUAUUUCAACACUGUGAUGAUUUGCACUGUUUGUGGUUCCACUUAUGAAGAGCCAAAUGCCACCACUGCCAUUUAGGGCAGAACAAGCUUUUAGUUCUGACUCCUUGAGUCAUUUAGGGGAGGAGACUUUUUAGAAAACAAAACAAACAAAAAAAACUUGCCACUACCUCUGUACUAUAUUGCAACUGUGCAAAGGCUUAAACCAUGUCAAUGUAUAAUAAAGUUAUUCGCUAAA